CAAAUGCAGCAGACUAUGCACAUUUAGAGUGUUUCUCUAUCUCCUUUCCAGUGUCUGCUCCCACGAGGCUGAGAUACAAUGUGCUGUCUGAGGACAGUGUUCAGAUCUCCUGGAAAGCUCCCCGGGGGAAGUUCGGUGGAUACAAACUUCUGGUGACUCCAGCUUCAGGAGGAAAAACCAAUCAGCUGAAUCUCCAAAACACUGCAACUAAAGCAAUUAUUCAAGGUCUUAUGCCGGAGCAGAACUACACAGUUCAAAUUAUUGCAUACCACAAAGACAAGGAGAGCAAGCCGGUGCAAGGCCAGUUCAGAAUUAAAGAUUUAGAAAAAAAGAAGGAUCCGACAAAGCCCAGAGGCAAGGCCGUGGACAAAGCAAAUGGGACGAGCCAGGCUUUGCCAGAAGGUCAGAUGGUUUUGAUGAGCUCAUUCUGGGAGUGUCUGCUGUGGGCCGUGGGUCCCGUCAGAAGAGUAAUGUAAUCUACUCUGAAAAUCGCCUCUGGCUCCUCUCCACUCCUUCUUCCUCCGCACAGAACGCCUGUCAACACUUGAGCGUGUGACCUUGAAGUCACUUAUGUAUGCACAACCAGACCUACAGGUUGUGCCCCUUGUUCUGGGCGUGGCCUUCACUGAGGACCCUCAGCACCAUGCACAGAAGGCAGAGCCACCAGCGGUAACCGGCAUGGGUUGCCCAUGUGCCUGCCCGAAUCCAGCUGCAGAUGAUGUCAUCUGCAAAUAACAAUACAUUGACUUCAUCCUUUCCUAUUGUAUCUCUUUAUUUCUUUCUCUUGCCUGACUGCUCGGGCUAUGUUUUGAGGACUGUGUUGAACAGGAGUGGACAUAAUAGACAUCCUUGUCUUGUUCCUGAUUUUACAGAAAAAGCUUUCAGUUUCUCCCCAUUUGACAUGAUGUUGGAAGUAGGUUUGUAGUAAAUGGCUUUAUCAGAUUGAGAUAAGGUCCUUCUAUACCUUUUUUCUUCAGGGUUUUUAUCAUAAAUGGAGUUUGGAUUUUGUAAAAGGCUUUUUCUAUUUAUUGAGAGGAUCCUGUGAUUUUUGUCCUUGCUUCUGUUCAUGUGAUGGACUAUAUGUAUUGAUUUGGGUGUGUUGAGUCCCAUGGCCUGCUCAGUCAUGGUGUAAGUUUCUUUGAUGAUUUGUAACAUUGUUUGCCAAUAUCUUUUUGAAUAUUUUUCAUCUAUGUUCAUUAGAGAGCUUGGCCUGUAGUUCUGUUUUUUUGGGUGGAUCUUUGUCUAGUUUUGGGAUCGGAGUAAUGCUAGCUUUCAAGAAUGAUUUUGGGAGUAGACUUUC